AUUGUCCCAUAUCGUAGGUGCGCGCGGAUCCCAAGACUUACGGUCUCCGUCCCCGAUUAUGGCUCCUGUAGCCAGUCGAAUUUCAGUAUUGGCCCUAAGCAGGUGAUGGAAGAGGCUUAUUCCGAAGAUGGUGCAAGCAAGAAAAGAUGGAAAACGAGCAGCUUUCAGUAGAAUGGAACCCUUAGGCUAUAAACUCUUUAUUGACGGUGUGGAGGUAAAAUAGUCAUUAGCUAAUACUUUUUCCUUUUAUUAUCUUAGUUGAGGCCGACCUCUCGAUACUCAAGCACACGAACUGAUUAGUAAACAUCUACUAAGCUUCAAGCUUUUAAAAAAUGUUCCAGGUUGUUUAGCUUAUUGUAGUAUUCGCAGGAAUUAGUUCACUUUUUAUUUUUUCGUUUCUAUUAGGAGCUAUCGAUUAGCAUAUUCCUUAGUUCGUUUUUGAAGCGGUUCGCUUAUAACAAAAGUCUAACACUUGAUCUUGUCCGAGAGUUAACAGUUUAAUUUUUCACACUCGCUACGUUUUUCAUCUCGUUUCUUUUGUUUGUUAUGUAUGUUAUUCUAAAUUUAUCCACUAUGCACUUAUCAAAAUCGGGAAUGCAUUAAUUGUUCGGGUAACAGCGACCCUUCUGGGAAUAACAGCUACUGUUUUUGUAUAUUUUCCACGUAUGCAAAUUUCAAUCGAUACAACAACCUUAAGUUUAAAACUCUCUCGCUGGGGGCUAACUGGCUAAUUCAGACAUCUGCUUUCUGCAAGAAACGUACAGCACUGAAGAGAUUGAAAAUCAAUGGAAAAAGCAGUGGUCCGGAGACUGUUAUUUUGCUCAUCGCUCUAACCAUAGUCGUGGAGUCGCCAUUCUUGUUCGAAAAUCCGUUGACUUCAAAUUGAAAUCAACUCGAUCUGAUGAGGACGGGAGGUACCUCAUUCUAGACUCAGAAUCAAUCGAGAAAUCUCUGAGAGGAUUGUUGAAGGGCUGGAGUUUGAGAGGACUUACACUACUUGGAAAAAUCCAAGUGAUCAAAUCUUUCGCCAUACCAAAGAUCUUAUACAGGGUUGUUCUCAUUUAAAAACAAAAAAGAGUUUAUCGAAAAAAAAAAACAAAAAAACUUUAUCAUAUUCUUUUGUUUGGAAGGGAAAAGAUAAAGUUAAGCGCACAGCAUUCAUUAACCCUAAUAAUAAAGGAGGCUUGAAAAUGCACAACAUUGAGUCAAUGAUUUCUGCCCAAAGAAUAAUUUGUAUCAAGUGAUAUCUGUCACCGAUCUUGCUAGCUCAAGAAGUUUUUUCUGGAUUUUUAUCUUAAAAAAGUAAGGGGAAAAUUCUUGUUUCAUCGUAAUUUUAAUUAUACUUAACUAUCGAUAGCUCUUCCAGAAUUUUACGAGUAAUGCAUUGUGACAUGGAACCUUUUAAACGAGGACAACCUGUCCUCAUCCCUGAAAUAGCAAAUCAAGUGAUAUGGAACAACCAGUUCAUUUACAUUGAAUCAAGUCAAUUUAUAACAGUAGGCUGAUUGAUCUUGGAAUCGUAAGAAUUGGAGACCUGUACGACACAAGGGGAGAGUUCAAGCCGAAUAAGGAACCAUCAUACAGUGGAAGCCCUCGUAAGCGGACACCCUCGGGCGCGAAAAAGCUGUCCGUAACUGUUAUUAACAGCGGCUUUAACAGUCUCACUGCAACAAAAAGCAGCGAUACAGUUUACAAAUGUUUAUAAGCAUCUUUCAAUGUCAGGCCCAAUUCCUUUGAAGUGUCCAUUUACGGGAGCUUAUAAACAAAGGAAAAGUCUAGAUUGUAAGCCCUACAAGUGUCCGUGGCCGCUUACGAGAAUGUCCGCUUACGGGAAUGAGUAGAUACAGAGUUUGUUUGUGAGUUCAAAUGGGGUUUUGUGGAGGCAGUCGUUAGCAGAGCUGUGCGCUUUUGAGAGUGUCCGUUAAGAGAGCUCCUACUGUAUUCAACUCGCUCACCAGUGAAACAUUUUCUACUUUUCAGUCUCUUCAAUGCUUUUCAGGAAGAAUGGCACGAAAUAUUAAAAACAAAUAAAAACUCUAUCUCCUCAAGAACUCAUGAUCUAAUCCAAACUGAUUUUAUGACAGUUUUGUUUCUAAGAUAUCCAGUAUACCAACAGCGCAAAAGAAAUAUAACGAAGCUUUCAGCACGCACAUAUCCAGUUAAACUGGAAAAAGAUAUAUCUACUGCCCUUCAAAACAACAUUGGAUACUAAAUUAAGAGAAUUCCAAUAUAGAAUAUUAAACAGGAUCUUAUACACAAGUAAGAUGCUGUUUAAGUUUAACAAAGUAGAUUCUCCCUAUGCGAUUUUUGUGAAAAGGAGUUGGAGACCAUAGAACAUCUCUUUCUCCAUUGUACAAAAGUGUGCAUGUUUUGGGAUGAUUGAAAGGUUGUACUUAAUUCCUUAAAUAUAACUGUUAGGUUUGAUAUCAAGGAUGUUCUUUUAGGGAUUUUAGGUACGGAUAAUAUACGCAUUCCAGUCAACUACAUUCUUCUUGAAAGUAAAUAUUUUAUUUACCGCUGUAAGUUAAAUAAGGGCUCUUUAUGUUUAAGACUGUUAGUCGAUAAAUUUAUUUAUCGCGAAAAAAACAAAAACAAAACAAAAUCCAUUUCCACGAUAAAAAAUAGAAACCUUUACUCCCAUUAAUACAACAGUGGCUGUUAUCCAAAUCUCGUUUUUCUAAGAUUCCUUUAAUUACUCUGUUUUAUUGAAGUUGAAUAAGUUAUGUAAUCCUUAUAGUGUAGUGCAGUGAAGUUUUCUUUGUAGUUUGUAAUUGAGGUAAUUGUUGUAAAUUUUGUCAUGUUUGUACGUAUCGAUCUGUACAUUCUUUCACUAUACCUGUUAACGAAAAAAAUAAAAUACAUAAAAAAGAGAAUUGUCAAUGUGAUCUCUUGAGAGAAAAGUAACCCACUGUCAUGAUAGUACAGUUUUUCCUACCGGCUGAGUAUUGUUUGUUAUUUGUUCAAAUUUCAAACCGAACGGCUCAAGGUUGUACCUAACUGAUGAAAGAUCGCAGAAAACUAAUAUACAUAAUAUAACAAACCUAAGGAGGUCCUGUUUUUGCGUGUCCUCGGUAGACAAUUGGACUGCCGAGAAAGAACAAAAAUUCGUUCAGGUGGCGCCCAAACUUCACAUGUCCGGCGCGCUUACUGAAAGGUUUUGAAAAGAAACCUGUUUGUUAUGUACAAUGAAGUUUACAAAAUUGACGAAGUUCAGGAACGGGUGGGGGUGGGGUCCGUACGGGACUAGUUGUCACCCAGUGGUAUAGUGCGUUUUUCUGAUUUAGGGUUUCUUUUUGCAUGAAUCGAAUGCCCAAUACGAGUUUGGUGGAAGGAAAAACCCAUAGCUUGAUAAAACAUUUUCUGGCAUGGCGACAGCUGAUCUUUUAGUUGUCAAAUUAACGUACAACACGUGUGCGUAGGUAAAUGGGUGGGCGCCAUCAUUAGUUUUUUUAUAAUCCGAUUGUCUUAUUAAUCAAUUUUACUUGCUGGAUAGUUUGAGUAGAAAAGACGUUUUCGUUCGGCAAUCACUUCUAACGAAACUGAUGACGUCAGCAGUAUUGGUGAUAGUUUGUUACUCUACUGCAUGGAAGUCCAUACUCUACGUCAUCAGCUUUAAUGGAGUUUGUGCUCUGUUUAUUACUUAUUACUCACUUAACUUGUGGGCUGCCCUUUCAGGUAUCAAGUGCCAACUGUAUGCAAAUAGAGCACCAGUCUGCGAAGGCAAACGACCCAUGGCAGUGUGGCUGGACGGAAGAAAAGUCUUCCUUGUUCUUCUCCUAGGAUUACUAUUGGUUUUCAUUUACAGCAUUACAUUGAAGAAACCUGAAGGACGGUUUAAACGUAUAAACGAUGACCAUUUUCUGUUUGACGUGCACAAUGAUACGAAUAAUUCCCCUUAUAGAGCAUCUGUUGAGACGUUGCCUUCAAAGAAGGUAGAAGGUGAUGAGGAACAAUGGAAUAAGCUCAAAGAAUCCAGCAAGGUACGCAAGCGUCUCCCAAAUGCUAUCAUUAUUGGCGUGAGAAAAGGAGGCACGAGAGCUCUGCUGGAGUUUUUAAAAAUCCACCCCAAGAUUAAGGCCUGCCCGGUAGAGGUACAUUUUUUUGAUAACAGCAAAACCUAUCAGUUAGGACUGGACUGGUAUCGAGAAAAAAUGCCCAAAUCUCAAGCAGAUGAUAUAACCAUUGAAAAAACGCCAGCGUAUUUUGUGACGGACAAAGUUCCCGAGCGACUGUACCAGAUGUCAAGUACCGUCAAGCUGAUUGUGAUUGUGCGCGACCCAUCGGAGAGGGCGAUUUCUGAUUAUGUACAGGUUUUAUUUAAAAACCGUGGACUAUUACCACCAUUCGAGAAAUUCAUUACCAAAGGUAAAGCCGAAAAGGUGUUGAGGACUUCAACUAGUACGGUCCAAAUCGGUGUGUACGUUGAACAUUUGAAAAGGUGGUUAGAAUAUUUCCCUCUCUCGCAGCUCCAUUUUGUCAGUGGGGAAGAGUUGACUUCUAAUCCAGCCAAGGAACUUCAAGCUGUUGAAAAAUUCUUGAACAUCAAACCGUUUAUUAAGGAGGAACACUUCUAUAUUAACAAGACCAAACGUUUUCCUUGUUUUACCUCGCUCGUUGAAAAUAAAAAAAAGAAAAAUUGGGGUUGUUUGUCGGAAAGUAAGGGUCGGGCCCACCCUUCUAUCAGGGAUGACAUUCGUAAGCUUCUGCAGGACUAUUACCGGCCGUAUAAUGAGGAAUUUUAUAAACUGGUAGGAAGAGAUUUUCAUUGGCCAUAGAGGAGUAGUCACUGUUAUACAUGGCAAAGUUUCAUGUGUCUGGGACUGAAACCAAACGUGCACAUUGUGUACGAGCGAGUUCUUUAUGGUCCCUCCUGAACGCUUUGAAGCCAGACGUGAAUAUGAUCGGAGAAAUGCAGAUAAUAUAAGACGGAGUAAUACAGGACAUCCAUCAUUAAUGGAUUUUAAUUUGCUGCGGUUUUUCGUAAGAUAAACUCAAAUGCCCGUACCAUUAUAACAUGUAAUGCUGAGUUGUAAAGCCGCUCUUGCUUCCUGAUAUAAACAACAAACUGAUAAAAUAACUCGGAGAAUUGUUAUCCAUUUCUAUGUUAAUCUUGGGUGGAGUUAGGGAAAAGAUUAAAGGUUGUACACUUGUUAAAUCUUUCUCGACCGUAGUGGCCGUAAUUACUUUGGUCAGUAGUAGUAAGAUGUGGAAAGUUAAAAGGCCGCCAAUUCCUGUUACAACUUGUCCAGUCUUGUGCUAGAGCACUUCAUAACUCGUAUUCAAUGUUAUUCAGCUCCUUGCUCACCCUCGUUUCGAGUAUGUCAAAAGACAAAUAUAUGAAAAGGGUAUAUUAUAAUAUAAAAAGACUGGUAAACGUCGUUGAUCUUUUGGACACGACUGGGAAUCUGUGAAAUUGAGUUGGCGGAAGUCCUGUUGUGCUGAUUUUAUUUACCGUGGGGUAUUAAGCCUUAUAUGGAUUUCAAGUUAAUCUGUAUCUAAAAACAGAAAGGUAUAUACGCCUAGAUUUUGAUGGGUCAUUAUUAUCACUCUUUAUCGAUUGAUGCUACAAUCAUAGUAUCAAGAAACUACCCAAUCAUCGGAGAACAUGUUGCUAUCAUUUUUGCGACGCAAUAGGUUACCAUAGCAACAGUAUGACCUGCUAAAAACACCCUUAAUUUUAACUUUAAGUACUUA